AUGUCGAACAUUUCAGCAGAAAACCCGACUUCUCCUAACGCCAUUCCUAUUCGCUACAGCUCCGCUGGCGUGUCCAAUGGCCUCCACAAUCAGCCUUCAAAAUCCGUCCUCAAGCCUCUCCCGGAGGACUCCUGGAUUUCGUCGAAGCACCAUUCGAUGCCGCCCACGAUGAAUCCGGGCCCCGUCCUCUCCGACCACACCAACAGCCUUAAACGCAGACAUUCUAAGAAGAGUUCCGCUCCAGAGAAUCUGAUAUCUAAGAGACCAGGGGAAUGGUCGCCGCAGAAAGAGAAGAUCAUAAUGGGCCCUUAUGACUACCUGUUCGCUCACCCAGGAAAGGAUAUCCGUUCAGCCUUGAUCAAGGCGUUCGACGCCUUUUUACAUGUUCCGUCAAAGUCCUUGGAAAUUAUCACAAAGGUUGUCGGCAUGUUACAUACAUCGUCCCUCCUCAUCGACGACGUGCAGGACAACAGUGUUUUGAGAAGGGGUAUUCCUGUGGCACAUAACAUUUUCGGGACAGCCCAGACCAUUAACAGCGCCAACUAUGUUUACUUCCUCGCUCUGCGAGAACUCCUGCACCUAGAAAGCAGAGAUGAGGCCAUGGAAAUAUUUACCACGGAAUUGCUCAACCUUCAUCGCGGCCAAGGAAUGGAUUUGUACUGGCGUGACACCCUGACCUGCCCCACAGAGGACGAUUAUUUGGAAAUGGUACAGAACAAGACCGGAGGGUUGUUUCGUCUAGCCGUCAAGCUCAUGCAGGCGGAGUCUCCGGAAAAGGGUCGCAUAGAUUGUGUGCCGCUCGUAAACCUGAUGGGCCUGGUCUUCCAGAUAUGCGACGACUACUUGAACCUGUCAUCCAGCGCCUAUACUAAGAACAAGGGCCUUUGCGAAGACCUCACGGAAGGCAAAUUUUCCUUCCCCAUCAUCCACUCGAUAAGAAGCAACCCGUCGAACCUGCAACUCAUCAACAUCCUCAAACAGAAAACCACCGACGAAGAAGUCAAGCGAUACGCGGUAAAGUAUAUGCAGGGAACGGGCAGUUUUGAAUAUACGAAGAGCGUCGUGCGUGAAUUGAAAGUGAAGGCUUUUAAUCUGGUCACGGAAAUGGAUGGCAGUUCUGGAAGAGGGGAUGGCGUGAAGUUGAUUCUGGACAAGAUUGUGGAACCAGCACUUAAUGAAUCGGUUCAGAACUCAUAG